UUACAAAGAGGUUCGUUCAUGGAGUGGUUCUCUCAUUCUGAUACUUCUACAUUGCCAGACUGGUGUCUCGAUAUGAGGAUUGAACGACCAAGGAAAAAAAAAAAAAAGAAAAAACUAAAUCCAUCUAGUACUGCGCAACCGAUGAUAUGCUGCAUGAUACGUCCGACGAUGAUAACGAGCGGCCCAAUAUUCAUGAUUCAUUCGAUACCAUGUUUAGUGAUACCGAUGGCUUCCCAUUCAAAGUCUGUGGCUCCCCCGCCCAGAUAACCGAUUUACACCCGCCUGCGAUCAAAAUAUUUCAACUAUGGCAGGUUUAUAUCAACAAUAUAAACCCUCUCUUGAAGAUUAGCCACGUUCCAACGCUCCAGGCACACGUUGUCGGGGCAGCAGCCGACCCUGCUAAGAUUCCCAAACCGCUAGAGGCUUUGAUGUUUGGUAUAUAUCUCGUCGCUGUAACAUCUUUGACAAAUGAGGAGGUGGAGGGCACCUUUGGUGAAGGAAAAGCAGUGCUCCUAUCUAGAUAUCACCAGGGCACGCAGCAAGCCUUGAUAAAUGCUGGUUUCAUGAGAUCAAAUGAGCUUAAGGUGCUGCAAGCUUACUUUCUAUACCUGUUCAGUGUAGUACAAUACGUCGAUCCUCGGUCUCUUUCCUGCUUGAUCAGCAUUGCAGUACGUAUAGCCACACGUCUCGGGUUACAUCAAGAUGGCACUCGGUUCGGCUUGUCGCCAUUCGUAACAGAGCAACGGAAACGAUUAUGGUGGCAGAUUGUCGCUUUUGACAAACGAAUUGCAGAGGUGACAGGAUCGACUAUUGCCGCUCUCUCGUCCUUCGGAACUGACUCCGGGCUCCCCCUCAAUGUGAACGAUGCAGACCUAGACAUUCACGCUAAAGAACCUCCUGCGCCCAGCACUGGCGCAACAGAGAUGCUUUUCUGCCUCACGCGCAUUGAACUCACUAUGGCAACUGUCCCUAAUGGUAUGCGACCCAAUCCUGUGGCUUUGAACAAUCCGUUCGCGCAACACAACUCAACCCCCUCGUCAGCCGAUGUCGCUACUCAAGAAACUAGCAAUCAGCCUCCGACAAAUGGUCUCGAUCGCUACUGUGCGCACAUGGAGUCCACGUAUCUAAAGCACUGUGAUCAUAGAAUUCCCGUUCAGUUCUUUGCUCUGAUGAUGGCACGUGUGUCGCUUUGUAGACUUCGAAUUGUUGAUUUUAUGUCUCGAGGUGUGUCCGCCACAACUCUCGAAGACCGGGAGCGCGACGCCCUCUUCAUGACUGCUGUCGAAAUGCUUGAGUGCGAUAAUGUUAUCCAUACGACCCCCAAUCUACGCAACUUUCUCUGGUACACUCAGUUGCUAGUCCCCCUGCCAGGCUAUGUCUUCCUCGUAGGUGAACUGCGCCAGCGCACCACGGGCGAGCUGUGUGAGCGGGCAUGGAAAGCUAUAUGCGGCAACUACAACCACAGGGGUCUCAUCCGUAAGCUGAGAAGUCCCAUGCAUGUUGCCUUCGGCCGUAUGCUCCUAAAGGCCUGGAACGCACAUGAGGAAGCCGAGCUCCAACUUGGGAGGAAUCUGCAACCUCCACAGCUCGUUACAUUACUGCGCGAACGUGUGGCCCAGCAAGCUUCAACAUCCCAAUCAAAGCCAGGUUUGGCGGGUAACGGCAGUACGGACCCUGUUAGGACCACAACCGAUAGCCCCGUCACUGGAACCAGAAUGUGGGCUGGCGAUAAUCCUGUGCUAGACAGAAUGGGCCAGCCGUCUGAAAAUGCGUCCAAUGAAGAUUUGACGUUUCCGUCUCUGCACAGCGCAAGCCAAAUGUAUGAUGAGGUUUUUGCCGACCAGAAUGACGUCGACUGGUCAUCUCUCAUGCAACCUUGUGUGCUGGGAGGGCUUUACGGCAACACUGAGCCUAUCUUUACGCACGGCGGUGGUUUCAAUUAUCCAUUUGGACCAUGAUCAUGAUCAUGGGAUCUAUCGGUUGUCCCACCCUUUCCUUUGUCAUCGUUCGUGUCAUCGUUCAUGUCAUCGCUAUGCUCAUAUGGUGUUCCAUGUGGCUCUCGGG